UACGUUACCCGCCCACUACUACAGUGUAGAAGUGAAGCAGCCAACAGUCACUCAGUCAGGGAAAGGGGAACCGCUUCCUUAUCAUCAAGAUAUUCAAGCAAAAGAGAAAAAGGAUUAAUGGCGGUGGCAAUCCGUUGCUUUGCUUCUCCGCCGCCUGAUCUCUUCAUCUCCACCAAAUCCCAUGUCUCCGGUGCAGGAAAGUUGCCUUGUGGCCUGUUCAAAGUUGACAAGCUGACAUUGCCAUCGUCAUCUAGAGAUGCCUCUAACAUACCUUCCAUUACUUGGCCGACAUUCCUGGGUGCAAAUCGAAGGCAUUUGUCAUCCAGUGGAAAUCUAGAUGUGUUCCUUGACCUAUUUUCAGCUCAUCAGCAGGAAAUGUACGUACGAUCCUCGGCAAUAGCAUUGUUUACUAAUGCUUUCAUGAUGGCUGCACCUUCUGAAGCCCUGGCUCAAACAUGUGAGGCUGACAGCAACUCUUUCAUGACCAUGCCUGUGCUGCUGUUCGUUGCACUGGUUGGGGCCACUGUUGGAGGUCUGGUGGCACGGCAGAGGAAAGGAGAACUGAAGCGUCUGAACGAGCAACUACGCCAGAUCAAUGCUGCCCUAAGAAGACAAGCCAAGAUUGAGUCGUACGCCCCCACACUUAGCUAUGCACCCGUGGGCAGCAGAAUCUCGGACGAAGUGAUAAUUGAUUCAAGGAAGCAAGAACUGAUCACCCGUUUGAAGAGUGGGAAGAACUAUUUGAGGAACCAAGAUCCACAGAAGGCCUUUGAUGAGUUCAAAGCAGCCCUUGCCCUUGCCCAAGAUUUGAAUGAUCCCAUAGAGGAGAAAAAGGCUGCCAGAGGCCUAGGUUUGUUUUAGCUUAUACUCCUUAACCGGUUUCACUCAUUGUACUCGGUUAGCUGACCAGGAAUUCGUUUUUUUUGUCCAGGAGCCUCCCUGCAAAGGCAGGGGCAGUAUCCGGAGGCGAUACAGUACCAUAUGAUGGUUCUGACGAUAUCGAAGCGGGAAGGAGAAGAGUCUGGAAACACCGAAGCUUACGGAGCCAUUGCAGACUGUUACACUGAACUUGGCGACCUUGAGCAAGCUGGGAAGUUCUAUGAUCAGUACAUUGCUAGACUUGAAACCGACUGAAAAGUCAACUAGAUUAUUGGAUCUUGUGACCUAUGUUAACUUCUCUUUUUGUUCAAACCUGUCGGUUGUUUCCAUAAUCUGCACAUGUUUAUGUGGUGGAUAAUGUUGUACAACUAGCAAAUGUUCCUUGAGCUUUAUUUAGUUUGUGUUCUUACUUCAAUACCUCAGGCCGAAGCAACACAGAAUGUGUGCGCCAACCAAAUCCAGCUAAUUUUGAUCCGAAGCUGCUGCAGUAAAAAAAGAUGGCUUGUUGU